AUGACAAACUAUCCUCCCUCAUCCGACAAUUUCAUGGAGAAUCCUUCAGCAACGUCUCCUCGUUCAUUCCGCACUCAGUUCCAACUACCCCGACAAUCGUCCAGGCAGUUCGACGCUUACGGUCCUAUUACCUCUGGCGGCUCUCUGUACAACACUAACGACUCAAUGGCGCGAUAUGACACGAGAAGAAUGGACAACCGUUUUGGGCCUCCCAUGCAGAACACACAAAUGGCCGGUGGUCCUUUCUCUUACGACGUCAACAAUAACUCCCAGACAUGGAAUGCUGCUGCAGCUAAUGCCUUCGCUGGAGCUCCUCACACUCUGGCGGCCCCAGCCAUGGGAGCAAUGGCGCCGAUUGGAAGUCAAACAGGUAGACUGAGGUCAAGUCGGCCAAGGGUCGGACUGCCAGGACCUUGGCUCGAGCAGCCUCCCAUGCCACAGCAGUUUACGAACAUGGAGCAGCCACGCCUUGGGCAGCAAAUGCGUCAUGACUCCUACACUGAAGCUGAGGAUGAACUGAUCCCAACUGCAAUCGUCAUCAAGAAUAUCCCCUUCGCUGUGAAGAAGGAAUCAUUGGUCCAGCUCAUGACCGAAAUGAACCUACCACUGCCUUAUGCUUUCAAUUAUCACUUCGAUAAUGGUGUCUUCCGAGGUCUUGCCUUCGCAAACUUCACCUCAGCCGAUGAGACGGCUGCCGUCAUUGCUAACUUGAACCACCUCGAAUUACAGGGCCGUAAGCUACGUGUUGAAUACAAGAAAAUGCUACCGGCCCAUGAGAGGGAGAGAAUCGAACAAGACAAGCGAUGGCGUCGAGGCCAGCUUGAGGAGCAGCACCGCUCAAUGACCACCGCUCAACUUCAAAACCAGCCUUCGGUAUCCUCCCUCGCAUCGCAUCAGCUUCCCGGAUCGUCUCCAUCGCCUGUAUCACAACAUGGAGCGAAGCCCAACUACGAUUUGAACGAUCAGCAGACCUUGAAUUUCUACACGGAGCUCGUCGUUUUCAAGAACGAUCCCAACCGAGAAACCUUGGUCAUGUCCCCGUCACUGAGUCCAGAGGUUCGACGCACGAUCCAUGCGCUCGCCCACAAUCUGAAUCUCUAUCAUACCUCUCAUGGCACAGGUGACCAGCGUCAAGUCCACAUUAUGAAGUAUCCCACUGGCGCCAAGGUCAGCCCUCCCCACCAAGCUUUUUCCAACAACAUUCAUGGCGGCGACGGUAUGCGUAGCAGAGGAUUAAACCGAGCCGCAACCACCCAUUUCGGAGAACAGAGACAACAAGAGUCUGCCGCUGCUUACAAUGCCCUUCGCGGUCAAUCUUCCGUAGGAUUACUUGGUGUUCUCGAACCCUCUACGGGAUUUGGCAGCUCUGCUAACCUUCGUGCUGCCAAAUCUUUUGCAGACUUGAGAUCGUACACGCCGUCGCCAGCUCCAUCCAACGCAAGUUUUCCUCCAAAUCUACAGACCAAUGGUGCGCGCUACCAGCAGGUAGAUGGUGCCCCAAGCUCUGGUACUUCUACCGUGACACCAACCACAUCCAAGCUUCACGAAGAGAAUCAGUUGAGCAAUGGUAUUGGUAGUUUGUCACUGGGUACCGGACUCGGCAGCACUGGGAGUCCUCGUAGGAUCCGAACCAUGUUCUCAUGGGAUAGUUCGCACCAAUAUCCAGCUACAGCACCGAUCGGUAGCAACCGUACUAUUGGCACCGGUUUCGACACGAGCUCCCAGGAUCGUCUUCCAUCUCGUCAACCUCGUGGCCCAACGACAGAACGCGGCUCUGGAUUCCGCAGGCAGAACGGUCAUCACGGUCGAGGAAGCGAUGAGCUGAGAGGCAACCCGGAGAUCAUCGUCGAAUAA